GAGAAGAAUCUCCGAGCAGGAACCGGAAACGGUGGGUGCGGAUUCCGCGGCAGAUCCGAAUUGAGCAUUGGAGGCUAUGGCGAGUUUUGAUGAAAAGCCGGUGAGCGUCAGUGAGGAUGCGGUGGACUCCGCCGCCGCCGGGAAGUGGAAGGAGUACAGGAGUGAGAUCGUGGAAUGCCUGGAGGAUGAGGAUGGGCUGGAGCCGAAGGGGGGGCCGGAGAAGGAGAGCGGAGACGUGGACGGGAGUCAGGAGACGCUGGAUGCUAGUGACGGUGGAAGCGGAGGAGCGGACAAUCCGGCGUUGUUUAAGUCUGUCUUUAGGGCUUCUUCACUUGUUCACUCUGAAGUUAAGGAGAGCCCUCUCAGCUCCGAUGCCAUUUUCCAGCAGGUGUGUGUGUGUCAGUGUGUGUACUACUGUUCAACCUCGCCUUUUGAAUUUCAAUGACGACUAUUCAACAGAAUAAACUUUAUAUCAUUCU